AGAAAAGUUGAUAAUAAAGAAAAUUGGAUUUUUUUCUGCGUUUAUAUUUUGUCGUUACAUUUUCUGUUGCUGGUAAUGAAGCUCGUGGCGAUUUCACUUCGCUUAUUGUCCACUUCUCCGCCAGUUCCGCCACGUGACGGACCAAGACUAACCUCCGAGAAGAUUGUUUACAUGCUGGAGUAUUUCAAGAGCGCACGUUUCAUCGAUAUUUCCGAAUAAUGACGAGCGAGAAAGUGACGCGUAUGGAAGAUAUAUUGAAUGCGGCGCCGGUGCAAAAUAAAGACACGCCAGAGUCGUCGACUAAUGCUGAGAAACGUGAAAGACAACGUAUCCCGCGAGGCAAACCGAAAUCCGGUAGAAUAUGGAAGGAAGAGAAAACAAAGUUUUCUUCUAUAAUUAAAACGCGUGGAAUUCGGUUGUCGUUUGAUAAGAAACAAAAGUUGAGAGAAGAUUUGAAACGCGUUAAAGAGAUGUCAAGGGCAAUCAAGGCACGAAAGCAGGCGGAGAAAGAGGCCAAGAAGGAACGAAGAAGAGAAAACUUAAAGAGAGCAGAAGAGAAUAGAAAAAAGAGUGAAAUCGUGCAAGUUAUUAAAAAUACUGCAAAAAUAAAGAGGAUGAAGAAAAAACAAUUAAGAAUGAUUGAAAAGAGGGACACAACCAAUAUGUAACAUUAAAUAAAUCCGUAUAAAUAGGAUGCUUAAUUAAAUACGUAACAUAAUAAUUGUUAGAUAAUCAUUUUUAAUAAAAAAAAAAAGUUCUUCAUUCA